AUGUCAUUGACACCGCACGAUCUUGCCCUCAUUCAAGAAGCUGGAACGCCAAAUGAUAGAAAAUACGCCAAGCGCAUUUAUCCAAUACGUAAACGAGGCAAUUUCUUGCUCUGUACAAUUCUAUUAGGCAAUGUUCUGGUAAAUUCGACGACAACAAUCCUCCUCGAUACAUUAAUAAGUGGUAUAUUAGCUGUGGCCGGUGCCACUUUUGCAAUUGUCAUUUUUGGUGAAAUCAUUCCACAAGCCGUUUGUUCACGGCAUGGCCUAAAAAUUGGUUCUAAAACCAUCAUUCUUACUCGCAUUUUCAUGAUAAUUACAUCUCCUGUCGCUUUUCCUCUCAGCAAAAUUCUCGAUUGUAUUCUGGGCGAUGAAGUCGGCUCCACUUAUACACGCGAUCAAAUGAGUGCAUUGUUGAAACAUACACAAACGACUGAUAUUGAAGAUCGUGAGAAAAAUAUCAUGACUGGUGUGUUGAGUUUGAAGACGAAGAAAAUCCGUGAUAUAAUGACCAAUUUAAUCGAUGUGUUCAUGCUCGAAGUCAAUCGAGUUGUUGAUGAUGAACUUGUUUUGACGAUACACGGCUAUGGAUACUCGCGAAUACCGGUUUACGAAAAGCAACGUGACAAUAUUAUUGGCCUGGUAAAUAUUCGUGAUUUUGCUCUUCUCGAUACAGAAUCGGGAAAAUUUACUGUGAGAAGUUUGCUGAAUUUUUACAAGCAUCGUUAUGGCAAAGAGAUUAUGUCCGAUGAUUCAUGUUAUGACGUUUUUAAUAAACUUAAGAAAGAACAAUAUCAUAUGGGUGUUGUGGUUGAACAUGACAAUAGUAGUGAGAAAGAUCCAAAGGCAAGAGCAGUAGGUAUCGUUACAUUGGAAGAUAUUAUCGAAGAAAUGAUUCAAGAAGAAAUCAUCGAUGAAACUGAUGUAUUUACCGAUAAUCGUGGUAAAGUGCGAAAUAUGUUAUCGCAAGCGCCCAACUUUUCGGCAUUCAUUCGUCAAACAGAACCAUCUGAUGACACCACGAAAAUAUCAGCUCAAAUGAAAGUUGCUAUUUUACAAUUUCUUUCAACAUUAGAAUUGGUAACCGGCAAAGAUAAAAUCGUUAGCCAAGUCGGUCCGUUUUCUUACUUCGGUGUGAGCGCACUUUGUAGUCCCGAUAACAAAGUGGAAGAUCUUUUACGUUCGAAAGAUCUCAAAUUUCGAUCGUUUAUACCGGAUUUCAGCUUGAGAGUUUGUGAGGAUGUACAAAUUUUACGAAUUCGUCGAACACACUGGUUAGCAGCUAUUCGUGCGACUUUCUUUGAAAAUAAACAAAAAGCAAACGGUGAUCUACCAAUAUUCAAUUCUGAUGGUGAACAGAUUGAUUUGUUGACACAAGAAUUGGAAAAAGCUAAUGGUGUCGAUCAACCAGAGACAAGUGCCAGAACUUCAAGUGAAACAAGAGAUCAAAUGCGUGAUCGAACAAUGUCUCUGAUGCCAGCAACUGCUUUGGGACUUGACAAAAGAGAGCACGAACAUUUUUUCAGUCGACUUCGUUCAAGAACUAUUUCGCAUAAUGUGAAUAAGACCUCGCCGGAAAGUCCGACAACCUCGAAUCGAAAUACGCCGAGUUUAACCGGUAAGCAGCGCCAUCAUUUAUUUCGUACUGAUCAUACUUAA